AUGAAGACAAUGCCCAUCUGCAAAGCUGAGACACCCAUGGUGUUUUUCUUUCGCUUGGGUUCACUGCCAGUGUCAAAAUCUCAGCUCAUGAACACUUUGAUCAAUGACCGUCACAGCACCUUCUUCCACAGGAACUGCCCAGGUAGCACCAAAUCUCGCCUGCUGAUGGAUGGUGUGGCAGAGAUUGCCUGCUAUGAUGACAAGUGGACUGAGCUCAAGGCUCUGAAGAAGAAACAUAACAAAUCUGAUCUGUUAACAAGUAAACAAACUGAGCUUGAAGAAAUCUCCAAAAAGCUGCAGUCUGCAACCUUUGGCCUGGAGCACAUCUUCAGAGAAAUGGGACAGAUCUAUGAAGCCCAUAGAGCAGUGCAAGCAGAGAGCAGAGCAGUAAAACCAAAACAUACAAACACUGACUGGUCUAAAUACCCUGAACUGGCUGCAGAUCUGAUGAUUUCAGGACACCCAGUGGAGCUGAUGGACGGUGAUGCAGGUCAUGUGCCUCUAACAUGGAUCUCUGGUUUUUUAGAUGAAGUCAUCAAGAAACUAGGCGACCAGAGAGUUUUUGUGUUGUCAGUUUUGGGCCUACAAAGCAGUGGAAAGUCAACAAUGCUGAAUGCCAUGUUUGGAUUGCAGUUUGCAGUGAGUGCAGGCAGGUGCACCAAAGGUGCCUUCAUGCAGCUGGUCAAAGUGUCAGAGGAAAUCAAGAAAGACUUCCAGUUUGACUAUUUUCUAGUGGUGGACACUGAAGGACUGCGGGCUCUUGAGCUGGCAGGAAAUAGUACUCGUCAUCACGACAAUGCACUAGCAACAUUUGUUGUUGGCCUAGGAAGCCUGACACUGAUCAACAUCUUUGGUGAGAAUCCAGCUGACAUGCAGGAUGUCCUGCAAAUUGUUGUUCAGGCUUUCAUGAGGAUGAAGAAAGUUAAACUUUCUCCCAGUUGUGUGUUUAAACAGUCUCUUGAUGCCAUUAUGAGCAAGCCUGUAGCAACAAGAGGCUACAGUUCAACUUACUUACAAGAAGUGGCUAAAACAGUUCAGGACACAGUGACAGAGUUUGAAUCAAAUAAGAAAUGUGCUUUCAAAAAGGAGUUCACAGUUGACCUGUUACUGUAUGUAUUUGACACUGCUUGCAGUUGGCUUUCACAGUCUCACAAAAAAUACAAAACGAGCAAUGAUGCACUCACUUACUUGGAAAGCAAAAAAACAGAAUACUACAACAUUUUCAGCAGCUUCUGCAAAGGAAACUCUUCUGCUGUUGUGUUUGGAGAAAUGAUCUGUGGGAAACUGAAGGUUUCCAUUGUUGAAGCAGUCUGUAACAAAGUUGCCAUUGAUCUCGCUGGAGAGAUGAGGUGCACUUUCCCAGCAUUCAAUGGGAACAGACUGAACUUGGAGAAACAUGUGUUGAAGUCACUUGCAGAGAAAGAGGACUUUGAUGCUUUCAUCACCUACAUUCGAAAUCCAAGGAAGCAAGUAGAAGCUUUUAUCAAAGAGAAAGUAAACACACACAUGCUUGGAGAGCACAAAGAUAAAACACUAAGUAUACUCAGGAAAAAUGAGGAGGACAUCAACAAACUUGUCAUUCAUGCUUUAAAUGUAACAACAAAAAAAGUCAAGACCCAGAGAGGAGACACAGACAUGUGGGAAAAGGAGUUUUCUAGUCUCCUCAGUGAUAAACUGACCCUUGAUGCCAUCUCUAUUCAAAACUUCAAGGACAUAAAAAAUUUUGACUUCCUUCAAGAAACGAUUGAGAAAGGCCUUGUGUCCAUCACAAAGAUGAAAAGCCAGCUUUCGCUGGAUAAGAUGAAGGAAUUCAGACUGAGACCUGAUCAAAUCCUCAUCGAUCAGCUGUGUAACUGCUGCUGGGAAACCUGCCCGUUCUGUGCAGCUGUUUGUACCAACACAAUUAAAGAUCACAGUCCUGAAGAUCACAGUGUCCCCUUUCAUCGAUCUCAAGCAAUCAAUGGUUGGCACUACAGAAACACUGAGAUAUUGUGUGUUGACUUUUGUACAACCCAAGUUGCAAGUGAAGGAAGUUUUUACCCUUGCCAUGACUCAAAUCAUACCAUUCCUUUUAAAAAAUACAGAACUGCUGGACCACCAUAUGAAAAUUGGAGCAUUACCCCUGAUGAGUCUAAGCUC